AUGUUGUCUCCCACUCAAGCAGAACUUUUCACCGAUCACAACAUUAUUGUGUUUGAAUUUUCAAUGUUUUAUAAUCAGCUACCAAAGAUACGCAGAAUUGUCUAUAAUUACCGUCAAGGUGAUUUUGCUGGCUUACGAACUUCCCUUGAAUGUCUAAAUCUGGAUUCCCUGACUACAACCGACGACAAUAUCAACCACGACUGGCAACAAUGGAAGAAGGCGUUCCUAGAAACUGUAUCCCAACACAUACCAUCAGUGAGAGUAAAGGGUCGCAACUAUGUACCGUGGAUGAAUUCUACAAUUCUACACAACAUCAAGAAGAAAAACUCUCUCCGCCUCAGAAUUAAGAAAUCCCCUACACCUACUGAAUAUCUCCUGGAAAAAUUCAAAACCCUUCGUAGUUCCAUCAAGA